AUGGCGUCAAGGUUACUGCAGGUGUGCGGGGCCCUGCGAGGCCUCAGCGCGGGCCGGAGUCCCCUGGGCCGGGGGCCGCUGCGCCUGACAGGGGCCGCCUGCUCCAUGGGCGCCGGAGGUAUUCCCAGUGAUGAAGAACAGGCUACAGGAAUGGAGAGGAAAACCAUGAAAGCUUUAGAGAAGGGGCUGGAUCCUUACAACAUGCUACCACCCAAACGAUAUGCUGGAACAAAGGAAGACCCCAACAUAGUCCCUUCAAUUACAGACAAGAGGCUUGUGGGCUGCAUCUGUGAAGAGGACAACAGCACUGUGAUCUGGUUCUGGCUGCACAAGGGAAAUCCCCAGCGCUGCCCCUCCUGUGGAGCCCAUUACAAGUUGGUUGGCUACCAAUUGCCCUGA